CUUUUUUAAGCGCUUUUCUUUUCACGCAUCUCAGUUCUUCAGUUCCCACUGCUUUCACUCUCUCUCUCUCUCUCUCUCUUCACCCCCAACACCAACACCACUAUCCUCCUACUUUAUUCUCUCUUCAAUGGCGGGUUAUAGAGCCGACGACGACUACGACUACCUCUUCAAGGUGGUCCUGAUCGGCGACUCCGGCGUCGGAAAGUCCAACCUCCUCUCGCGGUUCACCAAGAACGAGUUCAACCUUGAGUCCAAGUCCACCAUUGGCGUCGAGUUCGCUACUCGCACCUUGAACGUCGAUUCCAAAGUCAUCAAGGCUCAGAUCUGGGACACCGCCGGUCAAGAAAGGUAUCGCGCCAUAACCAGCGCUUACUACCGUGGGGCUGUAGGUGCACUUCUUGUGUAUGAUGUCACCCGCCAUGCAACAUUCGAGAAUGUUGACAGAUGGCUUAAAGAAUUGCGAAACCACACGGAUGCCAACAUAGUUGUGAUGCUUGUCGGUAACAAAUCAGAUCUCCGCCACCUUGUAGCCGUGUCAACCGAAGACGGCAAGUCUUAUGCCGAGAAGGAAUCACUGUACUUCAUGGAAACCUCAGCUCUGGAGGCCACCAAUGUAGAGAAUGCAUUUGCCGAAGUUCUAACUCAAAUCUACCGAAUUGUGAGCAAGAAAGCGGUAGAGGCUGCAGAGAAUGGAACUGCUGCCGUUCCCGCGAAAGGGGAGAAAAUAGAUCUUAAAAAUGAUGUUUCUGCAUUGAAAAGAGUUGGUUGCUGCUCAAGCUAAGGUUGGAACAACAUAAUUCAAUUGGUUCUUACCGGCUAUAUUGUACUUGUAAUAUUCUGAGAUACAAAUUUAGUAGCAAAAAAACAAAGAAAAGAAUUUAAUUUUUCAUAGCAUGUUAAACCUUUAUGUGUAACCUUAAAAUUAAAACCAUGUUUUUUCAUGUCCAGUAGGAGCUGCUGGUGAAGCAAAUUGAUUGCUGAGCAGCGUAGUCUUAUUUAUUGUAGUGUUAUUGUUUUGAAAUGUUUUCACUUGCAAAGGUUCAAGCUUGAGAUUAAUUCAGAGUUGGUUUGGAUGCA